GAAUUAAUGAAAUUUAGUGGGGAUCCUUUGGAGUAUGCAGAGUUUGUCACGAACUUUAGAGAUAACAUUGAAAGCCAAGUAUAUGAUGAAUCACAGAGACUUACGCACCUGCUUGCACAAUCUACAGGAAAGGCUAGGGAGGCGAUUAGAAGCUGUGUGAAUUUGCCAGUGGGCUAUAGGCAUAUAGCACGCCAUCUGUAGCAAAAUUACCUUUCCACAUAUUACGACAUAUUACGACUCAUAUUACGACAUAUUAUGACAUAUUACUACUCAUCAUGUGUCGAAAAGAUAUGAAACAGGUCGAAAUAGGUCGAAAUAAGUAAUGUGAUAUCAUCAUGUCAUGUAAUUCUAUCUCGAAAUAAGAUGGUUGUCAUGGCUAUACCAUGUAAUGCGAAGCUCGUAAUGAAGUAUACCAUGUAAUGUGAAGCCAGUAGUGACAUUCAAACCCCUGGUUACCGCCUGUCAAGGACACAAACUGUUCUCCUACACGAAGUCUAUUUACCCCAGUUUCUCUCAGCUCAAUAUAGUUCCGCCAUAUUUUGAUCGUUUCGCUCUUUGCCCAAUCAUCUUCUCAUGGAAGUUGCCAUUCAAGCUCACAAUUCGCUCGAUAGGAUUAUUGCCGCUAUACAUUUACAGUUGGUUCUUUAGAUUCAUUGCAUUGUUUAUUUAGUGUUAUCUUGUUGUUGUCUGCAGCUCAUCGAUCUGUUCCUCUCUGACGUGCUUGAUCGUUGCUGCCCUCAAUCAUACUCUGUUCGAUCCAUCUUUCUUGUCUAUCUUUUUGCUCAUUUUUGUUCGUAAUUUUUAAGUCUUAAUUGUCCGAUAGAAUCAUGUCUGGAUAUUCUCCUGAAUUGUUUGUGGAAAAUGUGGACCAGGAGUUUCUUUGCAGUAUCUGUUAUAGUGUGUUCAACAAGCCAGUCUCUUGUCAAGAUGGGCAUUCCUUCUGCCACCACUGCAUCACCCAGUGGCAGUCAAAUAAUAAUCAUUGUCCAGUCGACAGGAGAGUUUUAAGUGACACUUCGGUUAGAAAUCUUGCAGUUGAAGGUGCUAUUAGCAGGAGAGUAAUAAAGUGUCCGUCAACAAUCUCUCUUCCUGGUGGCUGCAGCUGGACUGGGCCAACAGCUGGUCUGGAGAAUCACCUACAUUGCGAUAUGAAGAUCAUGGAAUGCAAUUUUAAAGGUAGAGGAUGCAUUCUUCGUUCUUACCAACGUGAACUUGCCCAGCAUCUGCUAAUUUGCCCUGACAGGACAGAGAAGUGCCCUUCCUGUGGUGUGGAUGUUCCACAUAGUAAUCAAUCAGUUCAUGAUGAGCUUUGUGUUGGCAAAUUGGUGCCAUGUCCGAACAAUUGUGGGAUUUUCAGGUUGAAAGAUGCAAGAUGCUCUCCCAUUUGGCUUUUGUGUGUUCAAAGGAAGGGCGACCCUGCCCCCUCUAUGCUGUAGGAUGUACUGAGGUGCACUCAUUAGCUGAUUCAGAUUCCUCAAGCCACCUCAAGCUUCUCCUCGAAGCUCCUGUUUCUGGGGCAUGUGGAGUAAGUCUUUAUAGCAAAGAUUUAGUUAGUAAAUAUCCAUCAAUGAACAUACCAUUUAACAAAAUAAUAUUUGUCAUUACACAUGUCGUCAUGUAAACCUACUACAUUCAAAGCCAUAGUAAGCUGCCACUCUCGGGGAAAUGGGAGGUGGGUGUUUAAUAGUGGUUGUUCAUUAUUUUUCGUCAUCGGGCUAACUGCUUAGAACUAAAUCAUCAUCAAUGUGUGUUUGAGUGAUUUUAUUAGGCGUCCCUUUCUAUUAAGGACUCUUAUAUAUAU